CUUUCCUCACUUGUCUUUAUGCAUUCAUGUGGUAGUGCUGCUGCUGCUACCUUCAUCAUCAUCAUCAUCUUCUUCUUCUAUCUUUGUUCAUCCCCUCUUCUCUUCAUUCUCUCGGUCUCUGUCACUUCACUUUCUACCGACGUCUUCCCAACCCUCUCUGUCGGAACACGCUUUCACCCAUGGACGAAGUUCCUUCGAUGACUCCUUUGCCAAAUUUUCUCGGAAAGUAUUUCGUGUGGUAAAAGCAAGAAAACGAGCUCGAUGAUUGUUGUAGUGUCAUCCAAGAGGCGAAAGAGAUUUAGAGAAGGGGCUGGUGACUCCGCUGCGGAACCAGAACCAAAACCCUAUGGCUGAGCCGUCGCCCUCGCCCUCUCCCUCUCCCUCGCCCUCGUCUGCGACGGCGCCGGCUCUAGUGUUGUCGAAUUCCGGCAAGCGGAUUGAUCAGGCCGGGAAGAAAAAGUACGUGAAGCAGGUGACGGGCCGGCACAAUGACACAGAGCUGCACUUGGCGGCGCAACGGGGCGAUCUUGCUGCGGUGAGGCAGAUUCUACACGGUAUAGACAGCCAGAUGGAGGGGACUUUGAGCGGAGCUGAAUUUGAGGUGGAGGUAGCUGAGAUUAGGGCAUCUCUGGUGAACGAGGUGAAUGAAUUGGGCGAGACGGCUUUGUUUACAGCAGCAGACAAAGGGCAUCUUGAAGUUGUGAAGGAAUUAUUGAAGUAUGCUAAGAAAGAUAGUAUUAAAAAGAAAAAUCAGUCUGGGUUUGACCCUCUUCAUAUAGCUGCCAGUCAUGGACACCAUGGAAUUGUCCAGGUUCUACUGGACCAUGAUCCAGAGCUAAGUAGAACAACUGGCCCAUCAAAUGCUACCCCUCUUAUAUCUGCAGCUACAAGGGGACAUACAGCUGUAGUUAAUGAAUUGCUCUCCAAGGAUUGUGGCAUGUUAGAGACUCCUAGAUCCAAUGGGAAAAAUGCAUUACAUUUAGCUGCCAGACAGGGGCAUCUUGACAUUGUGAAGGCGUUGCUGGAUAAAAAUCCAGAAUUAGCCAGAAAGAAAGACAAGAAGGGGCAGACUGCAUUGCAUAUGGCUGUAAAAGGUACUAACUGUGAGGUGGUCAAAUUGCUUCUUGAUGCUGAUGCAGCCAUUGUAAUGCUGCCUGACAAGUUUGGGAAUACGGCAUUACAUGUGGCCACCAGGAAAAAAAGAGUUGAGAUAGUAAAACAGUUAUUAUACCUCCGGGACACCCAUGUUAAUGCAUUGACCAGUGAUCACAAAACAGCUCUUGACAUAGCUGAAGGGCUUCCUCUCUCAGAGGAAUCUUCUGAAAUAAAAGACUGCCUUUAUCAGUGUGGUGCUGUUAGAGCUAAUGAACUGAACCAACCAAGGGACGAGCUACGAAAUACUGUUACUCAGAUCAAGAGAGAUGUGCACACACAGCUUGAACAAACUAAGAGGACCAACAAAAAUGUUCACGGGAUUGCUAAAGAGCUCAGAAAACUGCACCGUGAGGGGAUCAAUAAUGCCACUAACUCUGUGACUGUGGUGGCUGUGCUUUUUGCCACAGUUGCCUUCGCAGCCAUUUUCACUGUCCCAGGUGGGGAUCAUGAUAGUGGAGAGGCUGUCGUAGCAAGCCGGGCUUCUUUUAAAAUAUUCUUCAUCUUUAAUGCUAUUGCGCUGUUUACGUCCUUGGCAGUUGUGGUAGUUCAAAUCACAUUGGUUAGAGGUGAGACAAAAGCUGAGAGACGAGUAGUGGAGGUGAUCAACAAGUUGAUGUGGUUGGCUUCUGUUUGCACUUCUGUGGCAUUUAUGGCCUCGUCCUAUAUAGUGGUUGGUCAGAAGCAUGCGUGGGCUGCAAUUUUGGUUACAGUUGUGGGGGGAAUGAUAAUGGCUGGGGUUCUUGGUACCAUGACUUACUACGUGGUAAAAUCAAAGAGAAGCCGGUCAAUGAGGAAGAGGGAGAAGAAUGCAAGGAGUGGAUCCAACUCCUUUCAUCACUCCGAGUUCUCAAAUUCAGAAGUUGAUCGGAUUUAUGCCCUCUAAUUUGAGAAUUCACAAGUCUUAGAUGAAUGCCUUUUGGAACAAAGUAGGAAAGGUUGUAGGGGAACUACUAAAGUAUUUGCUAAGCUUACCUAAAUCCUUCACUGGAGGUAUAUAUGUCCUAGACACCUGCAGUUCGAUACUACUACUACAGCUCGAAGUUUGAAGUGCUCACUAGGUGCUCGGCUUGUUUCUAUCUAUUUCUCUAAAUGGAAAAGAGGACAAAUGCAUCUUACUUACAGUUUUUGCUGGAAAUACGGGGUUCAAACACCUAAAAGGUACAGGUAUCUAUCUUGCCUUUGCAAAAGGUUAUGCUGGGUGAUCUAGUUUCAAAUUUUCAGGAUGAAGGCAACUUCUGCGGUUUGACUAUCAGAACUGGUUAGUAUUCCUUAUGUUAACCAUCUCUCUCUUGAGCCAACAUCCUGGGGAGACCAACAUUACGGAAUAGUUGGUCAUUUAAGCGAAAGAGGAUGCCAAAUAGUUGUUGUCAUUAUGUUCUACUAGCGUAUGAUUCAUGAUCUUGUGAACAAUGUAGCAGAUGUUGGAGCCUGCAAGGUGGAUAUUUCUACUUUCUAGUAAUCUAAUUGGUCUGAUACUUAAAAGUUUAUUGUGUAAUAUUCCGGGCUUAACUGUACCCUCAAAGCUCAAUGAACACUUGGUUUCACCAACCAAUUAUUCUGACAUUUUAAAAUGCUGCUUUGUAUGUAUAACUGCUAUCAUUUGCAGAGACUUUAUAUGGACAACAUUUGCUCCAAUUUCCUCUUGA